AUGAAGAAGCUAGAGCAUUGUGCCCUCGCUGAAAUCAUCUUCUCUCGGAUGGCGCAGAGUUAUACCUCUCGGGGUGGAGGGUUCAACGGAGCCAUCGCCGGAGCCAGCAUCCAAGGGGCCCACGCCCUUACUGGUGUCGCAUGGGAGGAGAUCGCAGGGGUGGCACCAGACUGGGUGCUCAGCAAUCACUAUACGUCUGAUGCGGCGAAGGUGCGUGCUGUGGUCCAAGACCACCAUGCCCGAAUUUCCUGCGCGCAGGCCGUGGCGCCGCACCAGGCUAUUUAUGGCAGAAUUCAGGGGAUGCUCUCCGCCGAGGAGAGUGCUAGUAUGGACGCCUGCGCGGAUGCAGCUCGCUCUGUCGCUUACAGCCAGCUGGCUGCCGGAGACUACAGCCAAGGAUCAGAGGAUGGCACCACCCCCGCAGACCGCGCCGACGAGACCGAAGAUGACAUGGAGGACGGUACCGUACAGGAAGACGACGAUGAGAUCGAGUCAUAUGGGCUUGCUCCUAUGAUGGACCUGGGAUCACCGGAUUAUGAGCGGGACGUUGAUCCCAUCAUCGACAGCAGCGACCCCAUCGUCCCAGCUCUUCGCCGCGCUCGCCUUCCAUAGGUGUUUAUUUUGUUUUUUUCUAUUGUUCUUCCUAUCAUACAGCACCUCUUGUCAUCCC